AUGGCUGCUGAAGGCAUCGAGCUCCAGCGCCUGGGCACCGGCCAAUCUGUCGGCAAGGACUUGACGCGUGUCGGGUCAGCGCCGCAGGACCCACGAAGGAACUCGUCAGAAGAGGUCGGAGACGCCGAUGGUACAGGCCCGCCGCCAGGACAUGUGGCCCAUGGCGAAGUCCAGCGAUGGAACCACCCUCGCGGCAACGUGCCCAAGCUGGCUUUCGCAUUUCUGUCCUUCAUCAUUGCCGGCCUCAACGACGCGGCCGUUGCGUCCAUGGCUCCGAGGCCCUUUGACGGACUGACUGACGGACUGCGUGCUGACCGACGACAGCUUGAACAAUACUACGACCUCAACUACACCAUCGUGUCGCUCGUCUUCUUGACGCCCUUUGCCGGCUACUCGGUCGCUGCCUUUACCAAUGCACGCAUCCACAUGAAGUACGGCCAGCGCGGCGUCGCUGUCAUGGCCCCGCUGUGCCACAUCAUCACCUACGCCGUCGUCGCCACGCACCCGCCGUUCCCCGUCAUCGUCGUCAUCUACGCCAUCUCCGGCUUCGGCAACGGCCUCACCGACGCCUGCUACUGCGCCUGGGUCGGCGACAUGGACAAGGCCAACCAGGUCCAGGGCUUCAUGCACGCCUGCUACUCCCUCGGCGCCCUCUUCGCGCCCCUCAUCGCCACCUCCAUGGUCGUCAAGGCCGGCCUGCCGUGGUACACCUUUUACUACAUCAUGAUCGCCAUCUCCGUGCUCGAGUGGGUCGGCCUCACCAUCACCUUCUGGCACAAGACGGGCGCCGUCUACCGCGCCGAGCACCCCCGCCAGGACGGCGCCCAGGGCGCCGGCACCAAGGAUGCCCUCAAGAGCAAGGUCACCUGGAUGUGCGCCCUCUUCUUCUUCACCUACAUGGGCGUCGAGGUCGGCCUCGGCGGCUGGGUCGUCACCUUCAUGCUGCGCGUGCGCGAGGCCGGGCGCCUACGCGUCCGGCAUCUCGGCUCCGGCUUCUGGGCCGGCAUGUCGCCGGCCGCCGCGUCUGGGUUCGUGACCGAGCGCUUCGGCGAGCGCCUCUGCAUCAGCAUCUACCUCGUCUGCUGCAUCGCGCUGCAGCUGCUCUUCUGGCUCGUGCCGCGCUUCGAGGUCUCCCGCCGUCGCCGUCGCCUUCCUCGGCUUCUUCCUCGGGCCCAUGUUCCCCGGCGCCGUCACCGUCACCCCAAGCUGCUGCCCAAGGACAUCCACGUCAGCGCCCUUAGCUUCGCCAUGGCAUGGGCGGCACCGGCGCACCGUCUUCCCGUUUGCCAUUGGUGCCAUUGCGGCGAAGGGGCCUGCUCGGCUGCAGCCAUCAUCUCGCGCUCAUCGUCGUCGUCGCCGGCGUGUGGCUUGCCUUUCCCAGGAUCAAGAAACGCCAGACGUGAGUGCACGUCUACUGAUCGAGGUGGGCUGUCUGUUGGAUUUCUGUGCACAAGCCAAGCUUGGUCAUCAUACAAUACAGCAUUCGACUCUGAAGUAUUUCUUCGCCAAGCAUCGUGCAUUCAACAUUCGGAAGAUGGUGAUUUCAACAAUGAUGACUUGAAAAUGAUGAUUUGA